AUGCAUCAGUGUUUCGAUUGCCGCAUGGACAGACAGGGCAGACAAACUGAGGUCAUUGGGCGUUCUGCACAUGAAGCCUUCUGGAAGACUGUCAUGCUCCAAAGCGUCCACGGACCGCGUGUCGAACAGAUAGCACCAAACCUCUCGGAUAUGUCUACAUUUUAUCUGUCUGAAGGGGGUUUUACGCGGAACGUGAGCAAUCAGCAAUAUAACAGAAGGGUUGGUGCAGCCCACCAGUCGGAACAGCUGCCUCAACCCAAGCAUGAUUCCCUGAACCUAAAGUUUUCAAGCGGAUGCUUGACGAUAAAGCUUCGAGAGAUUGUUCCAUAUGUAUUCUUUGACGCAUCGGUCCGCAGUGCAGUGACGAUUAUAUGCUCCAACAGUCUUCUGGCGGCUCUUCCGGCAGCUUCCAUGCUGCUUCACAGCAGCAACACGGUGAAAACAAAGACUCAAACGGGACGGGAAUCGACUGAUGAUUUGAUUGGCGUGCCAAAAGGUAAUCAGAUUGGUGUCCCGAUUGGUAUCGUCUGA